AGUUUCAGGUGUUUCUUGUUUCCCCUCAGUGUUUUUGUAUGCCUGUGUUUGCUCAGUCCCUUUGUCUUGCAUUGUCUAUAUACCCUGUUGCCGGUGCCUGCUUUUUUAUAUAUUUAUUUAUUAUUAUUUUUUGGGGGGGUUUUGUUUCUGAUUUAGUUCUGUUUUCCUUUGUUUUGUCUCACUAUGAAUUUAUCUGUUCUGCUUACCUUUUCUGCUGGGUUUCUGGACUCUGUUAGGUCUGAUUUAAAUAAAAGCAUCUCGCACUUGUAUCAUGCCUCUUCAACUCCUACGUUAUAGAACUUUAUUUGUAUUUAUUCGAAUGAUAUUUAGCGUUUUUUACUAGCAAAAACACAACUUACUGCAAAGAAACAGUUUCGCAUAUCAAAUAUAAAAAUAUAAACUUAUAAUAUAAAAAAGCUACAUUUAAUCACAGAAGUUAAUCCAUAACCUUUCACUGUAAUUUAGCUGUACCGCCAGUGCUUUUAGUAUAAAAACAGGCAGCUAAAAGGUAACCUCUAUGUAAUACUGGCUGUUUAUCAGUUAAAAUAGUCAUCUUCACUAACAUCGUCGUAGUUCUAGUUGAUUUUAAAACGGUGACACAGCCCCUUUUUACGCAAUGCAUGAUGGGCAUGCCCAGUCUAGCCCAGUCUAGCCCAGCCCAGCCCAGCCCAGCGCGAGCACAUCAGCUCUGUGUGUUUCUUUUGUUUUGCUAUAAAGCUGAGUAGAAAACUGACGAUGGAGUUGAAGAGUUAGUUGAUGAAGCUGGUUGAUUAGAAUGGCUGGUUAAAAUGUUCUCAGAAUACAGGAUUCAUCCAGCUCUGCUUCACCUGCUUUACUGUCUGUUGUACUCAGCUGGAGAAGAGGUUGUCAGACUGCAGGAGCUGGAGAGAAACACUGUAACCAUUCAUACUGGAUUAACUGGAGUUCAAAGUGAUGCUCAGAUACUGUGGAUUUAUGGACCUGAGAAUGCAGAUAUAAAGAUAGUGAACAGUCAGAUCAUUAGAGGAGAGAUUAUUACAGACUAUGACAGUGAGAGAUUCAGAGACAGACUGCAGCUGAACAGAAACAGUGGAUCUUUAACCAUCACAAACAUCAGCAGAGACGAUUCUGGAAUUUAUAAACUACAAAUCAUUACUGGACGGGUCCUGGUCUGGAGCUUCAGUGUUAAUGUCUAUGCUCCAGUAUUAAAGCCAGUAAUCAGAAAUCAGUCAGAAAAGCGCUCAGUGAGUCUCAGAGAGUCGUGUUCUCCUCUGUGCUCUGUGGAGAAUGGGAAGGAUGUGAGUUUGUCCUGGUAUGAAGAGAAAGAGAGAAUCUCCAGCAUCAGUAGCUCAGAUUCCAGUGAACGUCUUUUUCUUCCUCUGAAUAUAACUAACCCAGACUGUUCUACUUACACCUGUGUAGCUGCUAAUCCAGUUAGCAAUCAGACAACUCAGCUCGACAUUACAAACGUCUGCUGUAAAGCAGGUGCGAUAGUUCCUAGAGGUCUCUCCAAGACACUGACUGCAGUUCUGACACCUGUUGGACUGAUUGUUGCUCUAUCAAUAUUAUUUGUGUGCAUCUGGAAAAAGAAGACAAAGCAUCAAGUUUGUGAAGAUGCUGAGCUGAAUUAUGCUGAGGUGAAAACUAAACCUCAGAAUUCUCAUGAGGUAAACAGAGCUGGAGUGACAGAAAUUCAAGACGAGAGUGACUUAGUGGUGUACUCACGCAUCAGGAAGCAACUCACUAUUUCAGAAUGAGAAUAUCCUUUUUACUUACAUUUUUACAUUCUUUGCUGAUUACUGCCUAGUUUUAGUCAGUAUUUUUAACCUGUCUGCCAUUUGAAAACUGGUCACAAGUAUUAAUUGUAUAUAAGCUUUCACACAAUCCAUUUCUGUAUUUAUGCUGUGUUUAUUGUUGACGCUACGAAUUUUAUAAAAACAUUACAUUUUAAACUGCUAUAAAAUGG